UCCUAGAAUGCAUAUUAAUAUUUGAAUAUAUAAAUGUUUGCGUUGGUACGGUGUGGUGGAGAUCAAAAUUAAAUCAGCCAGUCGAUUCUUUACUAAACCAGUAUGUCGCAAUGAUUAAGGACAAGUUACGACCUGGGUAGUCAUCAUUCGUUUACGGUAAGCCUCCCGAUUUUGUCGCAAUGUCAUUUAUGUUAAGUAAACUUAGCUUUGCACUUGUAAUUUUUGUAUGAAAUCUUAUAUUUGAUAAAUUAUCGCGUCGGAUUUUGUGUGCGUGCGUAUCAUGGAUAUUGAUGACUAGCGCAUGACGUAUAGGUCAUAUUGAGCCAAUCAAAUGCAGCGACAGGAUGUUAAGUUGCCCCAGCGCGCGAAUUUGCACAGGCGCUUUCGCACAGAUCGAGCUCUAGCUCCAAGCUACGAAAUAUUACGACUCGACUACAAUAUCUCGUCUGAUAAAGAACCAACCAGACUAUGCGUAAGUAGUCAAAUUUGCCUAAAUGCCCAAAAUACAACCACCAACAGCAACAACAGUUAUUAGGUCAAUCAGAGAGUAACUACGUUGGUCAAUAGUCAAUGCAGUAUCCCCGGGACGUGUUACGGAAUUAAGAGCGAGUUCGGAGUUUAUAAUUGGCGAGGACUGUAGCAGGCCGCCCAUCAGACAGCCAACAGGUAGAUGAACUAUGGAAGGAGAUGAAGUAUUUGUGUCACCCAUGGCCAGCAUGGAUGGAAAACAAGGACUCGUUGCUGUGGAUGUCGUGGUGUUGGUGGUAUACUUUGUGCUUGUUCUUGCUGUCGGUUUGGGAUCGAUGUGUCGAUCCAAUCGUGGUAGCACUGAGGGAUAUUUCUUAGCUGGCGGAGCAAUGCUAUGGUUUCCUGUAGGAGCUUCCUUGUUUGCAAGUAACAUCGGGAGUGAGCACUUCAUAGGACUGGCAGGGUCUGGAGCAUCAGCCGGCCUGGGUGUGGGAGCCUUUGAGUUCAAUGCCCUUUUCUUGCUUCAAGUGCUGGGAUGGAUCUUUCUACCAGUGUACCUUGCUAGUGGUAUCUAUACCAUGCCUGAGUAUCUCCAGAAGAGAUUUGGAGGCAGGAGGAUCAGAAUGUACAUUGCUGUUGUCUCACUUAUCUUAUACAUCUUCACCAAGAUAUCGGUUGAUCUGUACUCUGGAGCUUUGUUCAUCCAGCAAGCCCUUGGAUGGAACCUCUAUGUGGCCAUCUUCUCUCUACUUGCUAUCACAGCAUUGUAUACAGUGACAGGGGGACUGGCUGCUGUCAUCUUUACAGAUACUUUACAGGCGAUGGUCAUGUUGGCAGGGGCACUCUGGCUUUGUAUAGUGAGUUUUCAGGCAAUCGGUGGUUACCAGAAUCUUGAACCACUGUAUGCUCUAGCCAUUGCGAAUGAUACCAUCGUGUCAAACAAUUCUUGCGGUCUUCCUAGAGAUGAUUACUUUCAUCUCUUCCGUGACCCUGUGACCUCUGACCUUCCAUGGCCGGGGUUCGUCUUUGGACAGACUGCAGCUUCUCUCUGGUACUUGGCUACUGAUCAGGUGAUGGUACAGAGAGCUCUGGCAGCUAAGAACCUGUCGCAUGGCCAAGGAGGAACACUGUUUGGUGGCUUGCUUAAAAUCACACCAAUCUUCUUUAUUGUGAUGCCAGGAAUGAUUGCACGUAUUCUUUUCCCAGAUAUUGUAGCCUGCACUGAUAAAUGUGAGGAGAUUUGUGGCUCGAAGGAUGGCUGCUCAAACCUUGCUUAUCCCCUUCUUGUUAUGAAUGUACUACCAAAAGGCAUUCGUGGCCUAAUGCUGGCUGUGAUGCUGAGCGCCCUCAUGAGUUCCCUAACAUCCAUCUUUAACAGCGGUUCAACGAUCUUCACUAUGGACAUCUGGAGAAUAGUUCGUAGGUUUCCUACUGACCACCAGAUGACUCGGCUGAACAGGAAACGAAACAGGAAAUACGAGCUUGAACUCAUGAUUGUGGGACGGGUAUUUGUGGUCGUUCUGGUUGGUAUCAGUGUACUCUGGGUUCCUAUAGUGAUGAGAGGAGAAGGUGGACAGCUCUUCCAUUACAUCCAACAGAUCACUGCUUAUAUUGCUCCGUCCAUCGCCGGUCUGUUCACUGUUGCGUUGCUAUGGGAACGCAUCAAUGAAGCAGGUGCCUUCUGGGGAUUAACAAGUGCCUUCAUCAUUGGUUUGAUACGUAUGGUACUGGACUUCAUCUACCUAUCACCUGUUUGUGGAGAGGAGGAUCAUAGACCUGACAUCAUCAAACAUCUACUCAUUCACUACAUGUACUUUGCUCUAUUCCUCUAUCUAUGGACUAUGCUGAUUGUCAUCAUUAUCAGUCUCUUCACCAAACCUAUACCAAAGAAAUAUCUGUAUCGUUUGACCUUCUGGACGAGGUUUAGCAAAGCUGAAAGAUGGGAUAUCAUGGCUUACCAGGCAGGCACGGAGGAGGAAGAGGAGGAUGGCGGUACACGCACCAAGGACAAGUAUGCACAUUUAGAGAUUGAUGAUGAAGCAGGACAUGAGAUCGACCCACAAGACAAGAAUGGCACUCAAGGUUCAGAUGAAGAUGAGAGCUGGUGGCAUAGAUCUUUUAAUUGGUUCUGUGGCCUCUCCAAUCGGGAGUCCACGAGCAGCGUUCAGCUUAAAGCUCGGGAGUCCUUACAGAUGGCAAAGAUUGUUCAGACCAAGAGAGAUAAGAUUAUUCUCAACGUCGCAUGUGUCUUUGUUCUCAUUAUAGGAGUAGUUCUAUAUGGGGUUUAUGCUUGAUCAGUGUGUGUGUGUAUGUGAGCGUGCAUGUCCGGUGUUAUGAACGGUGGUCACUCCACGGGGUAUUUUGAAAUAGAAAGAGGAGUAAGGCAAGGAGAUCCAUUAUCGCCACAUUUGUUUUUUGGUUGCCAUCCAAGUUUUGGCGCAUGCAAUAAGGAGGGACAACGGUAUUAAAGGGAUUACAUUUGGAAAAUCUAAAAUUAGGCAAGUGUUAUAUGCAGAUGAUAUGACAAUAUUUUUGAAAGAUAUUGAUUCGGUUAGAAGGUCGCGAUAUAUUAUUGAAUCAUUUGAACAAAUUAGUGGUCUUAAAGUGAAUAAAACAAAGACACAUUUUAUGUGGAUGGGUGAGGAUGAAAACAAACCUGAUGGGCCUUUA